AGUUUUGGAAGCGUGCGCUGAGAGAUCGAAGGAAAGUAGUGGGACUCCGGAGGAGAGAGAGAAGGAGAGAGGGAAAGAGAGAGAGAACUUCGUGCGUUUACGUUACACACAGACACGGGAUAAAGGACGACUGCGUGGACAGUUGUUAUAUACAUUUAGUGUCUUUUCAUUUUUAAAUCAACGUUUACACGUGCGCUUACGGUUGUAGUGGAUGUAAAGGGAUUAGAAUAGAAUCGGGGGAAUGUAUCCUGAUCGGGCAACAGUGACCGACCGUCUUCCGAGAUGUCAACUCAACAUUCUCCGUUCCAUCAUGCUACUCCAGGCCGUUCUAGAGAUGACUGCGACCAGGUUUGAAGACCCUAGUGUUAUGGCCGCUUCCACUUGGAACAGCUCAGACCUGUUUCUUCGCCUGGAUGCUCCUAUGAACAACAUCACCACGUCUCUGGGCCAGACGGCAGAGCUGCUGUGUCGUGUGUCCGGUAACCCCCUUCCCACGGUGCGCUGGCUGAAGAACGACGCUCCCGUGGUCCAAGAGCCUCGCCGGAUCUCCUUCCGACCCACGCCCUACGGAUCGCGCCUCCGCAUCCGUAACCUGGACACCACAGACACAGGCUACUUCCAGUGUGUGGCCACCAACAGCUACGGCACCGUCUCCACCACCGGAGUACUCUUCGUCAAGUUUGAUCCACUCCUAACCCCUCUGCCAGGAAGACCCUCUGCGGAUGAUUUUGAUGAAGAGGGAUUUUGCCAGCCGUACAGGGGCGUAGCUUGCUCUCGCUUCAUAGGGAACCGCAGCAUCUUCGUCGACUCGCUGCAGAUGCAGGGCGAGAUCGAGACCCAGAUCACAGCCGCCUUCACUAUGAUCGGAACGUCCAACCACCUGUCGGACCGCUGCUCCCAGUUCGCCAUCCCGUCUCUGUGCCACUUUGCCUUCCCUACAUGUGACCGCAGCUCUGGGGUAGACAAGCCCAGGGACCUGUGUAAGGAUGAAUGUGAGAUCCUGGAGAAUGACCUGUGUAAGACCGAGUACAUCAUCGCCCGUUCCAACCCCAUCAUCCUGAAGAGACUGAAGCUGCCGAACUGUGAGGACCUGGCGGCACACGACAGCCCAGAGGCUGCUAUCUGUAUGAGGAUAGGAAUCCCCAUGGCUGAGCCCAUCGACAAGAACCACAAGUGUUUCAACAGCAGUGGUUCAGCCUACCGCGGGACGGUCAGUAAGACCAGGUCGGGUCGUCAGUGCCAGCCCUGGAACUCUCAGUAUCCUCACAGCCACACCUACCUGGCGUUGCGCUACCCAGAGCUCAGCGGAGGCCACUCGUACUGCCGUAACCCCGGCAACAAGCAGGAGGGACCAUGGUGCUUCACCCUGGAUGAGGGAGUCCGUAUGGAGCUAUGUGACAUCCCCAUCUGUGAUUAUAAGGAGAACCGUGGGGGCAGUAACAUGGAGAUUCUUUACAUCCUGGUUCCGAGCGUAGCCAUCCCUCUGGCCAUCGCCCUCCUCUUCUUCUUCAUCUGCGUGUGUCGUAACAACCAGAAGGCUGCCCGACCCCCAGCGCCCAGACAGCCCAAACCUGUCAGAGGACAGAAUGUGGAGAUGUCCAUGCUCACCAACUACAAACCCAAGAGUAAGGCCAAGGAGCUCCCCCUCUCUGCGGUGCGGUUCAUGGAGGAGCUAGGUGAAUGUGCAUUUGGUAAGAUCUACAAGGGCCACCUGUACCUGCCUGGUAUGGAGCAAGCCCAGCUGGUUGCCAUCAAGACCCUGAAAGACUACUCCAGCCCUGGCCAGUGGGGUGAAUUCCAACAGGAAGCGUCGGUCAUGGCUGAGCUUCACCAUCCCAACGUGGUGUGUCUGCUGGGUGUAGUGACCCAGGAACAGCCUGUCUGCAUGCUGUUUGAGUUCCUGAACCAAGGGGACCUCCAUGAGUUCCUCAUCAUGCGCUCUCCUCACUCUGACGUGGGGUGUAGUAGCGACGAGGACGGGACUGUCAAGUCCAGCCUGGACCACGGAGACUUCCUGCACCUGGCCUUACAGGUGGCUGCUGGGAUGGAGUACCUGGCCAGUCACUUCUUCGUCCAUAAGGACCUGGCGGCCCGUAACAUCCUGGUGGGAGAACAGCUCCAUGUCAAGAUCUCUGACCUGGGCCUGUCCAGAGAGAUCUACACCUCAGACUACUACAGGGUCCAGCCCAAGGCUUUACUCCCUAUCCGCUGGAUGCCUCCAGAGUCCAUUGCCUAUGGGAAGUUCACUUCGGAGUCAGACAUCUGGGCGUUUGGUGUGGUGCUGUGGGAGAUCUUCAGCUACGGCCUGCAGCCCUACUACGGCUUCAGUAACCAGGAGGUCAUGGAGAUGGUGAGGAAACGUCAGCUGCUGCCCUGCCCAGAGGACUGCCCCCCCAGGGUCUUCGGCCUGAUGACAGAGUGCUGGCAGGAGGGCCCGACCAGAAGACCACGUUUCAAAGAUAUCCAUGGUCGUCUGAGGGCCUGGGAGGGGCUGUCAUCCCACGCUAGUUCUAGUACCCCAUCAGGAGGCGGGGGCAACGCCACAACUCAGACCACCUCGUUGAGCGCCAGUCCGGUCAGUAACCUCAGCAACCCGCGCUAUGCCACCGCUGCAGGCUACCUCUACCCGGCCCAGGGGAUGCCUGUGCAAGGUCAUCCAGGCCACCAGAUGGCAGGCUGGACCCCUAUGACCCAUGGAGCUCCCAUGGCCCAGAACCAACACCAGCGCUUCAUCCCUGUCAACGGGUACCCCAUCCCCCCAGGCUACGCUGCCUUCCCUGCGGCCCACUUUCAGGCCCAGGGCCCCCCCAGGGUGGUGCAGCACCUCCCCCCGCCCAAGAGCAGAUCUCCCAGCAGCGCUAGCGGCUCCACCAGCACCGGUCACGUGACAAGCGUGCCCUCCACGGGGUCCAAUCAGGAUGCGAACACGCCGCUGCUGUCACACUGCGUGGCAAUAUCCGCCCUGCCAGGGGGGCGGGACAUGCAGGUGUACGGACACAUGUCCCAGAAGGCUUUGCAGCAGAUGGACCCCUCACAGACGUCUGCGCUGCUGGCCGACGCCAACAGACUCAUGUAUAGCGAAUCGGUCAUCACUGCAGACCUGUAAAUACACUACAUACCUGUACUAUAUAUAUCACCUGGUUGAUUUGAUGUUUUUGAUUCAUUUUUUUUGUAAGAAAGUUAUUAUAAUUAUUGUUUCAACUUUCUACUUUACUUGUAAAUACAUGUACGCAAAUCCUGAAUGAACGAGAUGCAAAGAUUUAUAUUCAGAAGAACAAAAAAAAUUUAAAAAAGAGACAGCAAGCGUGUCCUGCCCCCUAUUCUGAAACUCAAACUGCCUUGAUAGACUUUUUCUAGUGAUGCUACUCCGUUUGCCUGCCUGGACACCGGGAUUUCUAAUCUCAGAGUAGGUCAACAGUAACACACCUGUCAAUAUAAUGACUGUAUCACUCGGGCAUCAUUGUGAAUAACCUCCCAUCGACGUCAAUAAAUCUUCCAAGACUCCCGUUGACGUCAGAAUGAUUUCUUGCGAAAGUCUGAGCUGCACGGAGCACUUCUGGUAGCUACAAUAUGUACUGCGGCAGGGCGUGUUGUUGCUUGGACUGGAGGGGCCCUGUACUGAAGCAGCGGGAGUCCCCGGUUGUACUGGACUGUAUAUUCAGUUGAGCCUGUGUCAGCAAAUCUGCCUGGCUGGCAUCCCCACAGUGCACCUCUCUCCUCCAGGAAGGCUAAGCCCCCCCUCUAGGGAUAUGUGAACUUCAAAGACUUCUGAUUUGACUUCAAAGCGGCCUGUGGAGAAGGAACGAGGCCCUGCCCACGCAACGCUAUGCAAUGGCAUAGCACUCAUACCCUCUGCUUCGCUCUCCACAGAUGUGUGCCUCCACAGAUGUGUGCCUCCACUAGACUCUCUCUCGUUCUCGAUACAGGGUUCUGUCAAUUCGUACGCAAUUGAUAUACUGUAGUUACUAGGAUCGAAUCAGAACGGUGUUUAGACCAGCCGUACUUCUCUCGCCAGUCUGUGUCCAUGUCUGUCCUCCCCUUUCUUAUUAUCUCAUAUCUGGUACAAUCAGCUAUGCAAUAUGGCUCUUACAUUGGCUAUGCAGACUUUGAUGGAUAAUUGUAUUGUCUUUUGAUGAUAUAUAGAAGUGGGACUAACAAAUGUAUUCGGAUGAUUACAACUUCUUUGUCAAAAUGAUCCAUGAUAUAAAACAGUAUGUUCUACUAUAGACUGAAUGAAUGAUAAAAGGCUUUUGAUAAAAUACAGGGGGGGGUGAAUGAGAAAUCCUUCCACAUUUUAGCACACAGCUCACAGAAGCAGCUACAAUACAGUAUAUUUCACCUCAGUUGAAUGUGUUUGUUGCUAUGCAACUGUUUAGUUAAAAAGACGCACCCUUUGCCCGUACAGAAAGAGGACAAUCAUCGGUUUACGCUUGGUAGCAUUUGCCUUCCAUGUUAACUUUGGUAUAAUGCACAUCUCUGUAAUGUUAAGUGCAUCCUUAUUUUUUUUAUCAAGGUACAAAGUCUACUAUCCUGACAUUUUCUGUGAUGUGUCAAUUAGUCCGAUACUGUCGAGAGGUACAAACCUGCUCUUUAGAUGAAGGUUUUGGUUUGUUUAAAUUCCACAUAUCUUUUUUUUUUUCUAAAGCAGGUUUACCUUCCUAGGUAUCUGGAGUUUUAUACAGGUAUCUUUUGAUAAAUGUAUAUGAAUUUAAGUGCAUAUAUACCAGUUCAAAACCACUUAAACACAAGACUGUGAAUCUUGGGACUGGCUAUUUUGUGUAGUUUAAAAAAAAUAAAAAAAUGUUAGAUCAGUUUCUUUUUCUAAGACAGUCUUUUCAUAAAACGUUUUUUAGAUUGCAGUAUUACAGUGUAUUCAUAAGAAAGGUUUACAUGCAGAAUAUUCUAUUGACCAAGAGGCCUUGUCUUUGUGUUUGUCGGAAGAUUUUUGCACAGAUGUUUUGUAUGGCAAAAUAUUAUUAAAUAAUUCAAUGUUUUUGUCAUA